AUGGUGGUGUUCAACGGCUUGCUGAAGAUCAAGGUGUGCGAGGCGCUGGACCUGAAGCCCACCCCGUGGUCGCUGCGCCACGCCGUGGGUACCCGCACUCAGGGCUUUCUGCUGGACACCUACAUCGCCCUGAACGUGGACGAUUGGCGCGUGGGCCAGACCUCCACCAAGCAGAAGACCAACAGCCCCGCUUGGAACGACGAGUUCGUCACCGAGGUGUACGACGGCAAGAAGAUCGAGUUGUCCGUCUUCCACGAUGCGCCCAUCGGCUACGACGACUUCGUGGCCAACUGCACCAUCCAGUUCGAGGACCUGCUGCAGAAUGGCAGCCGCCACUUCGAGGACUGGAUUGACCUGGAGCCUGAGGGCAAGGUCUACGUCAUCAUCGAUCUGUCAGGAUCCUCCAGUGAAGCUGCUGCAUCCACUGAAAAUGAAGAGCGAGUUUUCCGUGAGCGCAUGCGGCCCCGAAAGCGCCAGGGGGCAGUUCGGAGGCGUGUUCAUCAGGUUAAUGGGCACAAGUUCAUGGCCACUUACCUGAGACAACCAACUUACUGUUCCCACUGUAGAGACUUCAUAUGGGGCGUGUUAGGAAAACAGGGAUACCAGUGUCAAGUGUGUACCUGUGUGGUCCAUAAACGAUGUCAUGAGCUCAUCAUCACAAAGUGUCCUGGCCUAAAAAAACAGGAUGACACACCAGAAGAGGUUGGCUCUCAGCGCUUCAGUGUAAACAUGCCUCACAAGUUCAGUAUUCACAACUAUAAAGUACCUACCUUCUGUGACCACUGCGGCUCUUUACUGUGGGGACUGAUGCGGCAAGGGCUGCAGUGCAAAGUCUGUAAGAUGAAUGUGCACCGGCGUUGUGAGACUAACGUAGCUCCUAACUGUGGAGUGGAUGCUAGAGGAAUCGCUAAAGUUUUGUCUGAUCUUGGAGUGACGCCAGACAAAAUCUCCAACAGCACCCAGCGCAGAAAAAAGCUGACUCCAGGCCAGGAUGCCCAGCCGGCCUCAUCGGAGCCUGCCUCAACAGAGGAAUCUGACCGCUGCAAAUCAGCUCCAACGUCACCCUGUGACCAGGAGCUGUCAGAGCUUGAAAGCAUCCGUAAAGCUUUGUCAUUUGGCCAGGAGCACAAGUCUUCCUCUUCCUCCAUAGGCGGUGGGCUCCAGGGCUCAGGGAAUGAGGGCCGCGAGAACGGAGAUGUGAAAAGUGUCCAGUCGAAGAGGAUGAACCUGGCUGACUUCUCCUUCAUCAAAGUGCUGGGCAAAGGCAGCUUUGGCAAGGUGAUGCUAGCAGAACUCAAAGGGACAGAUGAGGUGUACGCUGUAAAGGUGCUGAAGAAAGACGUGAUCUUGCAGGAUGAUGAUGUUGACUGCACUCUAACUGAAAAACGCAUUCUGGCAUUGGCCAGAAAACACCCGUACCUGACCCAACUCUUCUGCUGCUUCCAGACCAAGGACCGAUUAUUCUUUGUUAUGGAAUAUGUGAAUGGUGGAGAUCUGAUGUUUCAGAUCCAGCGCUCCCGAAAGUUUGAUGAAGCUCGUUCACGUUUCUAUGCUGCUGAAGUCACAUCUGCCCUCAUGUUCCUGCACCAACAUGGAGUCAUCUAUAGGGACCUGAAGCUUGAUAACAUUCUGCUGGAUGCUGAGGGUCACUGUAAGCUGGCCGACUUUGGGAUGUGUAAAGAAGGCAUUCUGAAUGGCGUCACUACCACCACCUUCUGCGGCACACCGGACUACAUUGCCCCUGAGAUCCUGCAGGAGCUGGAGUAUGGCCCAUCAGUGGACUGGUGGGCUCUGGGGGUGCUGAUGUAUGAGAUGAUGGCGGGCCAGCCGCCAUUCGAGGCUGAUAAUGAGGACGAUCUUUUUGAGUCUAUUCUCCAUGAUGACGUGCUCUACCCUGUCUGGCUCAGCAAAGAGGCCGUCAGCAUCCUUAAAGCAUUCAUGACGAAAAGCCCGAAUAAACGGUUGGGCUGCGUGGUGUCUCAGGGGCUGGAGGAGGCCAUUAAAGUGCACCCUUUCUUCAGAGAGAUAGACUGGGUUCUGCUGGAGCAGAGGAAGAUCAAACCCCCCUUCAAACCACGCAUUAAAACCAAGAGGGAUGUGAAUAACUUUGAUCAGGAUUUUACACGUGAGGACCCCGUCCUCACUCCCGUGGAUGAUGCCAUUAUUAAGCAGAUCAACCAGGAGGAGUUCAAGGGUUUCUCCUACUUUGGAGAAGAGACACUGGCCUAAAAUUCAGCCUCAGAGUACCUGUCCAAACACACAAUACACCCCCCCACACACACACACACACACACACACAUACACAGACAUGUCUGGUGAGAAACAGAAGGAUACAAGAGGAUCGAAGCAUUGAUGGGUAGGAUAAGGCAGUGGCUGCAGUCACGGCGAGAGGUCCAUGGUGUGCUUCUGAAGCUACUACUGCUUUCGUUCUUUUUUCUCCUGUGUGUUCUUCUCCGAACGCUUCCUCUUGCCUUCUUUCACUUCAGCUCUUUUCAUCCCAAGGCCUCUCCAGCCACACUGAUGCUCCAGUACUGAAAGCUCCUUCUGGAUUUCCAAACUGCUGCGUCCUCUGCAGAUGGAAAGGAGGGGUGGGUUUGCACUCUUGAACCAAAAUUUGAGGAUACCAAUGAUUGUACUAGUGUUAGGAAUCAGGUGCACAAAGAGAAGAUGCUGAUGAUGUCAAAGAAGAAGAGUAUGCCCUGCAGUCAAAUGCCUUUUUGUGUAUUCGGUUGAAAUCUUGGGAGCAAUUUUGUAACAUAUAAAAAUGUUUGGAAAAAAGGUUUAUAAGUAUACAGUAUAUUCCCUCACAGUGUUAUGAUGGUCUAUGAAGAAUGACAACCUGCUGUACAUGAGUUGUGUUGAUCCGCAGUGUUGACUGGUCGGCCUGUGUCCAUGUGCAUGCAUCUGCAUGAGUGAGUGCACAUGCCAUUUUUUUUAAGCUCUUAAUUUUGGUUGUCGUUUUCAUGUGUUUUUUGUUUUGUUUUGUUUUUGUUUUUGUUUUUGUUUUUCUGCAUUGGUUCUCCCUCUCUGCUUGGCUGUGCAGAGCCUGCUAUGUUUGUACAGUGCCCUGCCACUAUGCAACAGGCGGCAUAGUCGAGGGCAGAGAGGCCAGUGCUCGUAGCUGUCUUGCCCUUUGUACAGAGCAUAAAAUGUACAUAAUAUCUGCUCCAAAGCCUGUGAAAGCUUCAAAUAGAGUAGUCAACUGUUGCAUGGUCUGGCAAAUUAUGUCAUUAUUUGAGUAGUACAAGUCUAUGGAGAGAAAAAAAAAGUUUCUGAUAUCCAUGUGCAAUACCCUGAAGAUAUUUUUCUCUUCUGUUUCUGUUAUUAUUAUUAUUAUUAUUAUUAUUAUUUGCUGUUGUUUGUUGUAAGUUUCUCUUGUGUGGUCUUUUGCUGUCACCCCUGCUGAUCUCAAAUGGUGAUGACCAUUCUGUGCUUUAGAAGCCCAGGAGAACAGCAGGAUGUUGAUGUUGGCCUAAUGAGGAGGGUCUGUCUCUCUCUUUCUCUUUGUGUGUGCGUCUCCAUAUACCACUCUCAUGUACAUAGAACAGAGUCUGUGGAAUGUAGUGGAAUAAUGUGUGCGCUCAUAAUUUAUUCUACAAUCUACAUACGUGGUUACCCUCCUCAUUGCGCCACCAAGCAGUUCGCUUCCUUCUGUGCUUUGUGCGUCUGCAUAUUUCAAACAAGUAAGCCUUGCUAGGCCACACCCUGAUUCUUUUGAAUAGGUUUUUCCCCGUGUGAUUCAAUCAUGUACAUUUUCCGAUAGUGGAAUUAGUCAUUUAUAAAAUGUGAAGAAAGCUGAGGAAGAGGUCAGUAAGAGAAAAGGGUCAAUUUCAGGCGAACUAAUUAAAAACCUUGCUGGAAUGUGAUGACUUUGCUUGAACAAUUCAGUGGCAGAUUGACAAAUCUCCAAUUUUAUUUGAAAAUGAAUGGUUCUUUUAUUGACCACUCCCAUUUGCCCACUUUUUCUCUUGAUUUUAAUUGUAUGUUCUUAUUUCUUAAUGUAUUUUAUGACUUUUUAUGUUGUACUGUUGCUCAUUUGUCUGUGGGUCAAUCUUGGUCAACUUUGCUUGUAUUUGUGGAAGCCUUUCCCUACCAGCCGUCCACGUCACCAUUCUACCUGUCACCUUCUUUUUCUCUACCAUGCCAAACACUUUGUCUCAGCUCUGGUUUGUUUUCUUUCCAUUUUUUUUUUCUUUUUUUUUCUGUAAAAUAAUGAAUUUGCUAUGUAGGAACCAACAAUGGUCUGUCUUCAAAGUCAACAUAAAUAAAACAAACAGCUCAAACAUUACCUCUUAAAUUAAGUGCAAAAGUUUGUCUGGCUGAAUAUUUAAUAUUUGCGCAUACAGUAUUAAAAUACAUAAAGGUUUCAUAAUGUAUGAUAGUGCUGUAUGUAUUAUAUACAUCUUGUAUUGGACUUUAGUUUCUGUUUGGUGAAGCUUUGUGUGCACAGAGGUAUAUCCUUUUUUUUCUGGAUACACUAGCGGUCUCAUUGUAAGCAUUUUAUUAUGUGCCAAACGUACUGUAAUCUAAAGGAUGUGAAUGUGUUUGGUUUUUGUUUUGAACCUAUUAAAUAAUAAGAUGUCAAAAAU